AUGGGCACUCAUUGCAUGUUAUUUUCCCCACCGCCUCCGACCAAAACUCACCAUCCCCUCAACUCACCCACUCCGUCGUUCCCUCUUCCCCCAACCCAUUACACAACAUCACCUUCAACUUCAAGAAAGUUCAGAGGCAGGAUCCACAGCGCCAGCAAGUUUGGAAAUUUCCUUGACUUGAAGCCUGAGCACCAACCCGAAGCCUUGGAUUUGGACCUUCCAUGGUGCCACCCUUCUGAUCGCGCUCGUUUUGACGUGAUCAUCAUUGGUGCUGGCCCUGCAGGCGUAAGGCUGGCAGAACAAGUGUCCCUUUAUGGUGUUAAGGUUUGUUGUGUUGACCCUGAACCUCUCUCUAUGUGGCCUAACAACUAUGGUGUGUGGGUAGAUGAGUUUGAGAAUAUUGGUCUUGAGGAUUGUUUGGAUAAAACAUGGCCUAUGGCUUGCGUUUAUAUUAAUAAUAGCAAGACCAAGUAUUUGGGUCGUUGUUAUGGCAGAGUUAGCAGGAAGAAGCUGAAACAGAAAUUGAUUGAAGGGUGUAUUGUCAAUGGGGUUAGAUUUUACAAGGCAAAGGUAUGGCAAAUUGAGCACCAGGAGUUUGAGUCUACAGUUUUGUGUGAUGAUGGGACAGAGCUGAAGGGGAGUUUAGUUGUUGAUGCUAGUGGAUUUGGUAGUAAUUUUAUAGAGUAUGACAAGAUGAGAAAUCAUGGUUGUCAGAUUGCUCAUGGUGUUUUGGCUGAAGUGGAUGAUCACCCUUUUGAUUUGGAUAAGAUGGUUUUGAUGGAUUGGAGGGAUUCCCAUUUGGGGAAUGAGCCUUACAUGAGAGUUAGCAACUCCAAGUUUCCUACUUUCUUGUAUGCAAUGCCAUUUAAUUCCAAUUUGAUAUUUCUUGAAGAAACUUCCCUUGUUAGCCGUCCAGUGUUGUCCUACAUGGAAGUGAAAAGGAGGAUGGUUGCAAGGUUAAGGCAUUUGGGAAUUAGAGUGAAAAGGAUAUUGGAGGAUGAGAAGUGCUUGAUCCCAAUGGGAGGACCUCUCCCAAGGAUACCCCAAGAUGUUAUGGCUAUUGGUGGGACUUCCGGGGUAGUCCAUCCUUCCACUGGGUACAUGGUGGCUAGAACAAUGGCUAUAGUUCCUGUUGUUGCUGUUGCCAUAGCUGAAUGCCUUGGGUCCACUAGAAUGAUCAGGGGCAAACAGCUUCAUGCCAAAGUUUGGGAUAGCAUGUGGCCAAUUGAGAGCAGACUCGCUAGGGAAUUUUACUCUUUUGGAAUGGAGACUCUGUUGAAGCUUGAUUUGAAUGGAAGCAGGCGUUUCUUUGAUGCAUUUUUUAACUUGAAACCUUAUUACUGGCAAGGGUUCCUCUCUUCAAGUUUGACUCUAAAGGAGCUUCUUUGGUUAAGCAUAUCACUCUUUGGUCAUGCCUCAAAUCCAUCCAGGUUUGAUAUUGUCACAAAAUGUCCCGUACCAUUGGCUAAAAUGAUGGGCAAUAUUGCUUUGGAAUACAUCGGAUGAUGGAAGGUUUGUGUUUAUGUGAAAUGGACAUCCACUCCUUAUUCAUUUUCCUUGUUUGUCUUCUUGGCUGGAGUUUAUGUUUUGAUCGCAAGUUUUCCCUUUCUAUAUAAUAC